AUGAAUCUUAAUAAGAUAUUAAUUUAUAAGUAAACGAAUAAAAAUAAAUAUAAAAAUCUGAUAAUAAAUUAAGCAAAUCAUAAAUAGUAAUUUAUAAAACAAAAAAUACAUUUAUAAUUAAAUAAAUAAAAGGAUAUAUAUGAAAUAGAUGAAUAGUUUUUAAAGAAAGCUAAAAAAGCUAUAUUAAAAAAUAUUAAUGAUAUCAGAUAAUAAAAAAACUUACAAAUAUUUGAAGUUGAUGGAUUAUAUAAUAUAAUAAAUUAAUAAUAUUCAUAAUUUUUAUUAAAUAAUAAAUAAGAUAAUAAUUUCUAUGAACUAAUGUAAAUAUACAUAUAUACAUAUUUAUUUCAACAAAAAAAUAGAAAAUAAAAAAAUUAAAUUCUAUAAGAUUCUUAAUUAUGCUUUAUUUCAGCAUAAUAUGAAUAAGAAUAAGUACUAUCUGAAUAGUAUAUAUAUAAUUAUAUAAUUGAACUAGGUUAUUUAUUUUUAGAAAGUGAAUAAGAUCGAGUUCAUUUAUUAAGUAAUAACAAUAACAUAUAUAAAUAAUAAUAUAAAUAUAAAAUUAUAUAUAUAGAUCCUUAAAAUAAUUCUAUUGGAAUAGGAGUUUCUUGUGAUGAACAAACAGUAUCUAUUGUAUUAACAGUAUGUGAAAAUUCAAUUGUAUAUACAAGAAUAUGUAAGCCAUAGUUAAAUACGAUAGAAAUACGAGGAAAAGUAUUAGAUUAAUCAUUAGGUAUAUAUGCUAUCAAGGUACAUAAUUUGGAAAAAAACUAAGAUAUUUAAGUCAUAGGACCGGAGUUUAUAGAGUUUAAUAAAUAAAAGUAAGAAUUUAAGAGUAUAUUUUAGUUAUAAAAAGAAGAGUUUAAUAAUUAAAAUUUAGUGGAUUUAUAUAUGAGGAUUAUGCCAGAUUCUAUUACUUAUAUGAAUAAUUAGGGAAAUAGUGAAAAUAUUUAAUUUAAACAUUUGUAAAUUAAAUAGAGAAUGCCGGUUAUUGUUUUUCCAGAUUUGGAAGAUUAAGAAGAAGAAGAUAUGUUGGAAAGGUAAAAAAUUGAAGAGGAAAUUAGAUUUUAGGAAGAGACAAUUAAUAUAAAUAAUAAGAAUAAAUAUAAAUUGUAUUAAUAAUUUUUUAUAUAUUUAUUUAUUUCUUUAUAUAUAUAGUAAGAAAUAAGAAAUGAAUUAGAAAUCUCUAUUUAAGAUGCAAGUAGAUAACAUUUUGAAUUUUUAUAACAUAAUGAAAAAUUACAAGAAGAAAUAAAAAAAUUAAAAUAGAAAAAUAAUGUAUAUGUAGAAUAAAGCUCAGAAAUAGUUAUGAACGAACAUAAAUAUUUAAAUACAUUAGGUCAUGUACAUUAAAUUAGGUUAGAUUUAAAAUAAAUAUAGGAAAAAUAUAAUAAAAUGUGCAUGGAAUUAUAAUAAUAGUUGAUAAUUAAAUAAAAUAAAUGUAAUGAAAUUAAAGAAGCGUUUUAAGAAUUAAAAUUAGAAGUCGGAAGAAAAGCUAUAAAUUUUAAAACCAAUAAAAUAUUAGAUGAAAAAGUAUUAGAAGAUUUAAAAAUAAGAGAAAAUUAAAAAUCUAAAGAAAUAUAAGAAUUAAGAUUAAUUAUUUUAAAAUUAAGAAAUUCUUAUUUAAAAAACUAAAAAUCUUUAUUAUAAAAAGACGAAAUUGCAUAAGAUUUACAUUUAAUAGAUUUCGAAUAACUUAAAAUUGAAAAUCAAACUUUAAAUCAAAAAAUAUAAGAAAGAAAUGAAGAAUUAAAUAAACUUAAGAAAAAAAAUAAUGAAUCAAUAUAAAUUUUGACACAUACAAGAGAAAAAAUGUUAUAUAUUUCAUAAAAAAACGAUAUGGUUUAUGAUUAAAAAGUUAAAAUCAAUAAAGAAUUAGACGAUUUCAGAUAAAGGUUUAAGGCUAUUAAAAUUACUAAAGAAGAAAAUUAUAAAAUUAUUUAAAAUUAAAAUAAAAAACAGGGUAAAUUUUAGAUUAUAUUUUUUAUAUAUUUAAUUAUUUAAUAAAUAAAUAUAUAUAUAUAUAUAUAUAUAUUUAUAUAAAUAUAUAUAUAGUAUUGUAAAUUCUGA